AACCAUUUGGGAACUAAAGGGUUAACUCCGCCCUUCCCCUGGGUCCGUGCUCUCCGUCAAUCUGCUCUAUCUGGAAGCUGGGGGGGCGGGGGCGGUCCUGGAUGUACUGAGUCACGGGCACCCUGGGCUCACCUACUUUAACGCCCUUCCAGAAACCCGCCACCCUCCCGUCCACCCCAGACACACACACUUCCGUACACUCACACCUUUUCUUGCCAAGAUCCCAAACCAGCACAGCCCUCUUCCCCAAACGGAACCAGGUAGGGGGAGGGACGAGGUGGGGCGCAAAUGGGCCCCCGCGGCCCCCACACGAGUCUCCCCUCGGUCCUGCUUCCGACCCCAGCGAGGAAGCCCCUUCUGAGGGCGCCGCUCUCGGAGGAGGACGGCGUGGAGGGUCUCAGGGGAAAGCGCGCGGGCUCGGGGCGCGGGCACGUCCGCAACUUCGGGGCGGGGACGAAGGAGUUAAAGAUCCCGGGUUGGCUCUCCAGUCGCCGCGUCUGGGAGGGGAAGCGGCGGGAGGAAGGACUCGGAGCUGGGCUCAGGACCUCCCCUGUCCCCCCCGGACGGCCGGGGACUUGGGCCGGCCGGACGCCCCCGCUGACACCCUCCCGGGGCAGCCGCUCACGCGCGCACACAAACGCUCCACUCCCCUUCCCUCCCUCGCGCCCUCUCCCACCCUUCUCCCCCGAAUGCUUGCUCCUAACACACGCACCCUCGCGCUGUCGCCCACGCUCGUCCCCCGAGCCCCCGCGCCCCGCUGCCAGCGCCCACCUGCCCCGCGGCGCCCGCCACGCGCCCCUCGCGCGGCCGACACCGAGCGACGCAGCUGGAGGGGGCAGCGUGCCCUGGGGUGGGCGCGCCCGAUGCCCGCGACCGGGCCGCGGAGGGGGCCGCAGAGGCCAGGGUGCGAGCGCUCGCCCGCCGAGCGGCCGGCUGAAGCCGUGCUGCGCCCCGGCCGCCCCGCGGGCGCCCUCCCGCUCCUGCUCCUGCUGCCGCUGCUCCCAGGCGGCCACGCGGGCAACCUGACCGUGGCCGUGGUGCUGCCGCUGGCCAACACCUCGUACCCGUGGUCGUGGGCGCGCGUGGGGCCGGCCGUGGAGCUGGCCCUGGCCGGGGUGAGAGCGCGGCCCGACUUGCUGCCGGGCUGGACGGUGCGCACGGUGCUGGGCAGCAGCGAGAACGCGCUGGGCGUCUGCUCCGACACCGCCGCGCCCCUGGCCGCGGUGGACCUCAAGUGGGAGCACAGCCCCGCCGUGUUCCUCGGCCCCGGCUGCGUGUACGCCGCCGCCCCGGUGGGGCGCUUCACGGCGCACUGGCGGGUGCCGCUGCUGACCGCCGGCGCCCCGGCGCUGGGCUUCGGCGCCAAGGACGAGUACGCGCUGACCACCCGCGCCGGGCCCAGCCACGCCAAGCUGGGCGACUUGGUGGCGGCGCUGCACCGACGGCUGGGCUGGGAGCGCCAGGCGCUGGUGCUCUACGCCUACCGGCCCGGCGACGACCAGCCCUGCUUCUUCGUGGUGGAGGGGCUGUACAUGCGCGUGCGGGACCGCCUCAACAUCACGGUGGACCACCUGGAGUUCGCCGAGGGCGACCUCGACCACUACGCCCUGCUGCUGCGGACCGUGAGGCGCAAAGGCCGAGUUAUCUACAUAUGCAGCUCCCCAGAUGCCUUCAGAACUCUGAUGCUUUUGGCCAUGGAAGCUGGUCUAAGUGGGGAGGACUAUGUGUUCUUCCACCUGGACCUCUUUGGACAAAGCCUGCAAGGUGCACAUGGCCUUGCUCCCCACAGGCCCUGGGAGAGAGGAGAUGGGCAGGAUAUUAGUGCCCACCAGGCCUUUCAGGUGAACACCAUCCCAGCAUCCUUCCACGAUGGGCUCCUGCUCUAUGUACAAGCAGUGACAGAGACUCUGGCACGUGGGGGAACUGUCACGGAUGGGGAGGCCAUCACUCAGCGGAUGUGGAACCGAAGCUUCCAAGGUGUGACAGGAUACCUGAAAAUGGACAGCAAUGGAGAUCGGGAGACUGACUUCUCCCUCUGGGAUAUGCAUCCUGAGACUGGCACUUUCAGGGUUGUUCUGAACUACAAUGGCACUUCCCAGGAGCUGGUGGCCAUGCCAGGGUGCAAACUGAACUGGCCCCUGGGGUACCCACCUCCUGACAUCCCCAAAUGCGGCUUUGACAACGAGGACCCAGCUUGCAACCAAGAUCACUUUUCUUCCCUGGAAGUGCUGGCUUUGGUGGGGAGCCUCUCCCUGCUCAGCAUUCUGACUGCCUCCUUCUUCAUAUGCAGGAAGAUGCAGCUGGAGAAGGAACUGGCCUCAGAACUGUGGCGGGUGCGCUGGGAGGACGUGCAGCCCAGUAGCCUUGAGAGGCACCUCCGGAGUGCAGGCAGCCGGCUGACCCUGAGUGGGAGAGGCUCCAAUUAUGGCUCCCUGCUAACCACAGAGGGCCAGUUCCAAGUGUUUGCCAAGACAGCAUAUUAUAAGGGCAACCUUGUGGCUGUGAAACGUGUGAAUCGUAAGCGCAUUGAGCUGACACGAAAAGUCCUGUUUGAACUGAAGCAUAUGCGGGAUGUACAGAAUGAACACCUGACCAGGUUUGUAGGUGCCUGCACUGACCCCCCCAACAUCUGUAUCCUCACAGAGUACUGUCCCCGUGGGAGCUUGCAGCAGGACAUUCUGGAGAAUGAGAGCAUCACCUUAGACUGGAUGUUCCGGUACUCUCUCACCAAUGACAUUGUCAAGGGUAUGCUGUUCCUACACAACGGGGCCAUUUGCUCCCAUGGCAACCUCAAAUCAUCCAACUGCGUAGUAGACGGGCGCUUUGUGCUCAAGAUCACCGACUUUGGCCUGGAAAGCUUCAGGGACCCGGAACCAGAGCAAGGCCACACACUCUAUGCCAAAAAGCUGUGGACAGCCCCUGAGCUCCUGCGAAUGGCCUCACCCCCUGCCCGGGGCUCCCAGGCAGGUGACGUGUACAGCUUUGGGAUCAUCCUUCAGGAGAUUGCCCUAAGGCGCGGUGUCUUCCACGUGGAAGGUUUGGACCUCAGCCCCAAAGAGAUCGUGGAGCGUGUGACUCGGGGGGCACAGCCCCCCUUCCGGCCCUCCCUGGCCCUGCAGAGCCACCUGGAGGAGCUGGGGCAGCUGAUGCAGCGGUGCUGGGCCGAGGAGCCGCAGGAGCGGCCGCCCUUCCAGCAGAUUCGCCUGAUGCUGCGCAAGUUCAACAGGGAGAGUAGCAGCAACAUCCUGGACAACCUGCUGUCCCGCAUGGAGCAGUAUGCCAACAAUCUGGAGGGGUUGGUAGAGGAGCGGACCCAGGCCUACCUGGAGGAGAGACGCAAAGCCGAGGCCCUGCUCUACCAGAUUCUGCCUCACUCAGUGGCCGAGCAGCUGAAGCGUGGGGAGACGGUCCAGGCUGAAGCCUUCGACAGUGUCACUAUCUACUUCAGUGACAUCGUGGGCUUCACAGCCUUGUCAGCAGAGAGCACCCCCAUGCAGGUGGUGACCCUGCUCAAUGAUCUGUACACUUGCUUUGAUGCCGUCAUAGACAACUUCGAUGUGUACAAGGUGGAGACCAUUGGUGACGCCUACAUGGUGGUGUCCGGGCUCCCCGUGCGGAACGGGCUGCUGCAUGCCCGGGAGGUGGCCCGCAUGGCCCUGGCGCUGCUGGACGCAGUGCGCUCCUUCCGCAUCCGCCAUCGGCCCCAGGAGGAGCUGCGCCUGCGAAUCGGCAUCCACACAGGACCCGUGUGUGCCGGUGUGGUAGGGCUGAAGAUGCCCCGUUACUGUCUCUUCGGAGACACAGUCAACACCGCUUCCAGAAUGGAGUCUAAUGGAGAAGCCCUGAAGAUCCACUUGUCUUCUGAGACCAAGGCUGUCCUGGAAGAGUUUGGUGGUUUCGAGCUGGAGCUUCGAGGAGAUGUAGAAAUGAAGGGCAAAGGCAAAGUUCGGACCUACUGGCUCCUCGGGGAGCGGGGGAGUAGCACUCGAGGUUGACCUGCCUUCCCUCCUGGCCUUCCACACCUCCCUUCCCCGUGCCAGAGGUAACAGAGAGGUGCCAGACCUCGGCCUCACCCACAGCCGCCCUGCCAUUGCCAAAGGAGCGGAGAAGUAGUUUGAACAACUCAAAUGUGCUAACCCCAAUGGAGACACCAGAUAUGACCUCUGAAGGAGGACUGGUGUUGGGGAGAACUUGAGAGUUCAUGGAACUGGACCAAAGCACACAGUCAUGCCCAGUGGCACAUACACACAUAGACAAGUGUACCCACUCUCCAUCCUACGCAAGCCAGGCUAGGGUGUGGACUCCUGAUCCUCUCCCCCCACUCCCUCAACCUUGCUAAACUGUGACUAAUUUGGGGAGGGGAAGAGCCACCUUAGAGGCAAUAGGAAAAGGGACUAUAAGAGAAUCCGGGGGAUGAGGGGAGUCCACAUCUAGGCCACAAACACACCUGUGUCCCCCUCCGCCCUCAACACUGGGUACAGUGCGCAGGGGAGAGGGGCAGCUUGGAGGGGCUGUGAGCCUGUAUGUCUUGUUUCUCUGGUGAGCAGAGGCCAUUAACAUCUUUAUUCUAGUGACUGUCUCUGGAAGGAGAGCGGGUUCCCAGAAAACACAGCCAUGUUCCCCACCCUCUACUCCAAGUAAGACAUGCUUCUCAAGCUGGGAAUGCAGUAUCUGCAAAAGGCCCCGGCCCCCUUUCAGCUACCUGACAGCCUGUGACUUCCCCCAGCAGUGCUGACACUUCUGGUCUAAGGACCUGUUUACACCCUUCAGAAUUAUUGAGGGCCUCAAAGAGUUUUUGUUUAUGUGGGUUAAAUCUAUUCAUGUAUACUAUAUUAGAAAUUAAAACAAGGCCUUAUUAACUCAUUUAAAUAACUAUAAUAAACUAAUCGCAUGUUAAUA